CGCCCGCCGCCGCCAUGGGCCGGCUGCUGCUCCGCGCCCCGCCGCCGCCGACCCCGCCGGGAUGAGCGGGUGGCGGCAGUGCCAGGGCGGCCACAACGGCUCCGAGCCCGGCGCCAUGCGGCAGCGCGGCAACGGCACCGGGCGGGCUGCGGCCGCGGAGGGCUGCAGCGGCGUGUCCGUGGCCUUCCCGCUCACCAUGAUGAUCACGGGCAUCGUGGGCAACGCGCUGGCCAUGCUGCUGCUGUCCCGCAGCUACCGCGCCAAGGAGAGCCGGCGCAAGCGGUCCUUCCUGCUGUGCAUCGGCUCCCUGGCGCUCACCGACCUGCUGGGGCAGCUGCUCACCAGCCCCAUCGUCAUCUCCGUGUACCUGUCCAACCGCGCCUGGCACGCCAUCGACCCCUCGGGCCACCUCUGCGCCUUCUUCGGCUUCAGCAUGACCGUGUUCGGCCUCUGCCCGCUCUUCAUCGCCAGCGCCAUGGCCGUGGAGAGGACGCUGGCCAUCCGCGCGCCGCACUGGUACGCCAGCCACAUGAAGACGCGGGUGACCAAGGCGGUGCUGCUCAGCAUCUGGCUGGCCGUGUUCGCCUUCGCCCUCCUGCCCAUCGCCGGCCUGGGCCAGUACACGCUGCAGUGGCCCGGCACGUGGUGCUUCAUCAGCACCGGUGACAGCCGGCUCACCGGCAGCCUCUUCUUCGCCUCCACCUUCGCCGUGCUGGGGCUCCUGUCCCUCGUGGUGACCGUGGUCUGCAACCUGGCCACCAUCGAGGCCUUGGUGUCUCGCUGUCGGACCAAAGCGACCGCGGCGCGCUCCAGCAAGCAGUGGGGACGGAUCGCCAUGGAGACACUGAUCCAGCUCCUGGGGAUCAUGUGUGUCCUCUCGGCCUGCUGGUCACCGCUGCUGAUAACGAUGCUGAAGAUGAUCUUCAGCCACACAUCGUUUGAGCACUGCAAGGGAUUCUCCAGUGAAGGCCAAAGCUCAGAACUGCACAAGGAAUGCAAUUUCUUCCUGACCGCCGUGCGUUUGGCUUCCCUCAACCAGAUACUGGAUCCGUGGGUUUACCUGCUGCUCCGAAAGAUCCUGCUCCAGAAGUUCUGCCAAGCAGCCAACGCUGUCUCCAAGUGCUCCAACAACGAGUUCAAGGAGAGGUCCAUCACCUUGACAGAGGAAUUCCGACGGACAGCGGCCUGAAGGCACAGCCCAUUUGCGUGGAAGCUGCUUUUGCCAACGAGUCGUUUUAAAUCUUACUGUGAAUUGGGGUGUCUGUAACUCGUCAGCAUCGUGUAAAUAGCUCAAAGUGCAAUUGCGGAGUGGACCUCCGGUGCCAAGCAGUUAUUUACCCAACGUGCCAGGAAUUCACAAAUGCAGGAAGGAAUUGGGUUGGUUUCUGCAUUCUCUUGUUAUUGUUGUUCAGAACUGAGCUGCAGAACAUGGCAUUUUGUCUGCCUAAAAGAGAGUUUGGAGGGAAUUCUAUUGCGUUAAGGUAGAAAAAAAGGGUUUUCUAUCGGUGACACUUGGAACAGAUUCAACAGAUAAAAUUACUAACGGGACCCACUCCUA